AUGGAAGUCAUGGAAGAAGGAAACUUAAUGGACAGAAUUCCGAUUCUGUUACAACGCGACAUGGAAUACUACGAGCAUAAUCAAGUUGUGCUUCAAGAAACAAUUUGUUCAGGUAUUGUCGGGGGACGAUUGGAUUUUCCUCGUUAUGCUUCAUUUGCGUCUGUCAAAAUUUGUUUAUGGCUGGAAGAUGAAUAUUUCGCAGCUUACAGUCGACAUUCAGGACUUUUAGAUCUCUCUGAAAUAAAUGAUGAUGGAGAUGAUCGUGAUGAUGACGCAAAUCUUUCAGGUUGUGGUGGAAUUGUGAAAUCAUCAGAUCCAGAACGUUUCGUGGUCUUGACGACGAGAUCUGCUGACAGCUUACUUGAACACAUUCACAUUCUCUCCCAAGAGGCUUUAGAUCACGCUGAUUUGUCUGUCCUUACAGCUACAAUUGGAGCAGCUGCUCUGAUUAAAAAUUCUCUCUACGUUUAUCUUCAAAACGUUCAGAAAACAAUGUGCCCUCCUAAGGGUGAUGACAAAGGCGGAUCAUUGAAGUUGAGUUACAAACAAUUCUCAGAAAUGACAGAAGCACUUGCUGAACGUCUUUUGGAUUUACAUUGUCGUCUCUUGACACUUUACAUUAUUCAGGAUGCUGAUUGCUUACAUUGGGAGAAUAUUCAACCUUUCUUCGAAUCAGAACGAGGUUCAUACACAAUUCAAAUGUGGUGGCUUUAUAUGAAAGGAACGAGACAAGAUUUAUGGAAUUCUGUUCCACCAAGCAUGGCACAACGUGUUUUUGCUGGAAUGCUAAAUGAAACUUUGACAAUCUUAACCGUUCGUUACACACAAACAAUUCCAAGCAAAGCUCGAAGUCAACUUCUUCUUGUUGACAUCUCAAACAUUUUACUUUGUGUCGCUGAGCUUCUUCCAUCAAUUUGUGAUUUUGGUGAAGCUUAUGUCGGACUCAAUAUGACAAAUCAAAGUAAAAUUAUUCGUGAUGUUCACGCAAAAUGUCAUGAACUGUUUUGUUGUCUCUUGUUACGUGGAGCUCCAUUAGGAAUUCUUUACAAACUUCUUAAGAAAGGUACACAAUCUGUGGGAAUAUUUACACAACGCAAAGGUUAUCCAAGUCCUUGGAUAAUUUUUGCUUUACCUAAAAUGUUUCCAUCAAAUCUGAACGGUCAUUUGACAACAAAAGUUUCAGAAUUUGGAACAUUUGCCGCAUUAACCAUAGAAUUGAAAGUUCUUCUUGCGUCACCACAAGCUAAUUGGCCGCUCUUGAUAAAAGUUCUACUCAUGCGUGACGCACAUUUGUCGCAAAUUAUUUUCCAUCAUUUAAUGAAAUAUUUGCCACCAAGUGAUUCAUUUAUUGAUAGUCACAUUCAACCUUGCAUGAAUCAAGAGGGUUUAAGAACGAAAUGUGAUGGAUUUUUAUGUGGUAAAGAAUGCAAAGACAUUGCUGAAUGGGCUGCUGUGCAAACAGAUCCACAUAGACAAACAAACUAUCAAACGAUUCUCGCUUUGAGCUACAUCAUCAUUAUGGUGGGAAAAUCAAGCGACAUAAAUCGAACAUUAAUCUCUGCGCUUGAUAAAAGUCAGAUUAGAAAUUGGGCUGAUUGUUUAGAUCGUCGCCAAGUGUGGAAUCAAAGACGUCCACCAUGGCUUGAAGCUAUAAUUCAUUUAGUUUAUCCCGUAUUAGAUCCCAUCGCACACAUGCUUAUUACAGCCAUGCAAACUGGAGCGAGUAAUUACCAAGCUAUGGCAUUAGCCAUCACAUGUUUCUCCGAGAUGUGGGACGCAAUUCCCGACUGUCUCUACACCGUCAUAAUGUGUCUUGCGGAAAUUCUACCAACUGAUAUUAAACCCUUAUCCGACUCUGUUCUCAUUCAAAUUCUCUUUUGUGCACUUUAUACGAAGCUGAUGGAAUGUGCAGCAACUGAAGAACGAGAACAUGAAGUUCCUAUUGUUGUGAGUGGUUUCAUAGAAAAUGAUCCGAACGUGAUUGUUCGUUCGAAGAAAGUUAUUUGUCAGAUCUUGGCGGAAUGCAUUUGUUCGAUUGAUGAGGAUAACAAACAUACUGAAUUACUUUCAGCAUUAGUAAAUCAAUCGAUUGAAAGUCAAAAGCGUAUGAGAAACUUUGAAGCGGAUUUUGAUGAUAUUGGAAAUGUUAAUGGAAGUUCGUCGAGAGAUGAUGUUGAUGUGCAAGGUACACAAAGAAACACGCAAACAAACGAGACACGCACAGAUGAAGAAUUUGAUGUCGAAAAUGCUGAUUACAUUUCAGAAGUCUUAGCAAGUGACGUGCUGACGACAAGUGUAGGCAAGCAAAGUGUGAAAAUGAUGUACAAAUACAUCAAAUACAAUGUUGAGUUUCUCUUACAACAAUUGAAUGUCAGUGAUGUGGAACCAGACCCGUCGGACAGAUAUCCCGGUCAACGAAUCAGUGAAGAAAAACCCAAAUUGCUUAAUAUGAUGUUUCACAUCGGUCAUCAGCCAUUCGACCAAUUGUUGACAGGAAAACUUAAUCUCGAUUAUAUGGCAUGGCUUCAAACGCCCAUGUCUCUAACUCCGGAAAGGGCUUGGCUACAAGUAAGCCAACGUUAUGAAUUCCAAGAAGAUGUUCAACUUUCAGCACAUGAAGCACUCAUGGUACAGUCGGUCACAACCCAAUUGAAGAAAUAA